AUGAUACAAUCUACGGGGAAGAUCCCCCUUUACAACCUAGAGUGGUCUAAGUUCGUGGACCUAAUAAAGGAAACUUAUUGCCCUCAGAACGAGGUUGAGAAAGUAGAAUCAGAUUUUCUGAGUCUCGUUAUGAAGAACAUGAAUUGUCGGCAGUACGUGAUCGACUUCAACUCCUUGUCCAGGUUGGUACCAUAUCUGAUCACCCUGGAGCCCAAACGCAUUGCGCGUUUCAUCGGUGGUUUGGUGCCGGAAAUCAAAGGGCACGUCAAGGCUUCAAAGCCUACAUCUUAUAGAUCCGUUGUGGAUCUAUCUCUAUCACUCACACUAGAUGUAUUGAGAAACAAGUCAGUCAAAACUGAGAUUGACGGAAAGAGAAAGAGGGAGGAUGACAACUCCCAGAAGUCGAAGAAAAAGGGAAAGUUUGGGUUCCAAAAGAAGAAGAACCCGCAGGGGUCUAGUGACAGACCCGUCUGCAAAACCUGCAACCGGCGACACGAGGGACAAUGUCGUCAGGAUCAGCAUGACAGGCCAUGUGGCAUCUAUAAAAAGAAAGGGCAUAAGACCCUAGACUGCAAAGACCUUAAGGAUGUCGUUUGCUACGGAUUUAAUGAAAAGGGGCACAUCAAGACUAACUGCCCUAAGAAUGCCAAAAAGCCUGGAGAAGCUAAAAAGGCGAAUGCAUGGGCCUUUCAAAUGAAUGCCAAGCAGACCGUAAAUGACGAUAAUGUCGUAACAUGUACGGUCUUGAUCAAUGACGUCUAUGCUAGAGUGCUAUUUGAUUCAGGUGCAGAUAAAUCAUUCGUAGAUCUUAAGUUUAGUAAACUUUUAAACUUGCCCAUAAGAACUCUAGAUAUUACAUAUGAGACGGUGAGGGCGGUGGGUUGCGGUUGCGGUGGCGGAAAUGUGAGGGCUUACAAUGGUGAACGAAGGUGGAAAGUGGGGGUGGUUAAUGGUUUGUUGCAGGUGGUUAAUGGCUUGAAGAAAAAUUGUCUCAGAGGAUUAAGGAGGGAGAUGAAGACCAUGGCUGGUGGGUAUUUUUUUGUUGCCGAGGAUUAA